AGCGCUCAGAAGACAGAGCAAGACAGGACACAAGCUGACGAAGAGACACAGGGAGAAAGAGAGAGAGAACAAGACAAGAAGAAGAGAGUAAAGGGGGAAAAAAGACGAAGAGUAAAGCAAAAGUUGUGUCUUGGCUGGGAAUCCAUCCAGGAGGCUGCAGAGACUUCAGUUUGUGUCUGAGUGAAUGGACAGAACCAGUGUGACUGGAAGUCGACUGGGAGGACAGACUGGUGUUCCAGCCACAGUGAGCAGACUGCCAAAUACCAUGGCUGACAACGUGAAUGAGGAGUCAGACUAUAACCCGGGGAAAGAUGAGCUGGACUGGGGUUACGAAGAAGGUGUAGAGUGGGGACUCCAUUUCCCAGCAGCCAACGGGGAGUACCAGUCUCCAAUUAACCUAAACUCCAGGGAGGCCCAGUACGACCCGUCCCUCCUAGAUGUCGGCUUAUCGCCGAACUACGUGGUGUGUCGAGACUGUGAGGUCAUCAACGACGGACACACUGUGCGCAUCAUCCUCAAGUCCAAGUCAGUGGUUACUGGGGGUCCACUGCCAAGUGAUCAUGAGUAUGAGCUUCAUGAGGUACGAUUCCACUGGGGCAAAGAGAACCAGAGAGGAUCAGAGCAUACUGUCAACUUCAAGGCUUUCCCCAUGGAGCUCCAUCUGAUUCACUGGAACAGCACUCUGUUUAACACUUUGGAGGACGCUCUGGGGAAGAAGAAUGGAGUCCUCAUCAUAGCUCUUUUUGUGCAGAUUGGUAAGGAGCAUCUGGGUCUGAAGGCCAUCACUGAAGUUCUACAGGACCUGCAGUACAAGGGGAAGAGCAAAAUAAUCCUGUGCUUCAACCCCAACACACUGUUACCUGACCCGUUACUGAGAGACUACUGGGUGUAUGAAGGAUCUCUGACCACACCACCUUGCAGUGAAAAUGUGACCUGGAUCCUCUACCGCUACCCUCUGACCAUCUCCCAGCUGCAGAUCGAGGAGUUUCGGAGGCUGCGCUCCCACGUGAAGGGGGCUGAGCUGCCCGAAGGGAUUGAUGGUAUGCUGGGGGACAACUUCCGUCCCACGCAGCCACUCAGUGACCGGACGGUUCGUGCUGCCUUCCAGUGACUCUCGCUUGCCCCUUCCAUCUCAGAGAAACAAAGGGACCUACAGAUACAAGCACAGAAGGGCAGAAGAAAGACGAGGUUUGAAGAGAGGAAUGGAAAUAGAAGGAGGGAGGGGAACUUGAUGUGGUUGUAGAUCAGCUGCAGGCUGAAGGUGGACAAAGAAACCAUUGAUAGCUCAACUUCACUUCAUGUGCUUUUGUUUGUCUGUGUCUGUCUGUCUGUCUGUCUGUCUGUGUGUGUCUGUGUGUGUGUAGGUGUGUUGUUCUUCAUUUUCUGCACAGCCUCUGUCUCUCUCAUUCUCACUGGAUGUGUUUUUGUGAGUUUAACAUCUUCAGUGUGUUACCAUGUUACUGUGCAUUGUAUGUGUGUGUGCAUGUGUCCUGAUUAGAUGAUAGGAGGCUUUAUGACCAGACCGUCUCUACUGUCAAAACAAGAGGAAACACAAACCACAGAUGUACCUCUACACACACACACACACACACACACACACACACACACACAUAUGCUGACGAAUGAGUGAGUUUUACAGCAGUGAACUCAGACAUUAUAAAGUCUUUGUUUCAUACCCUGUGGACCAUAAUUAUGAGCAGAAAACCAUCACGCCAGCCUCCUAGUUGUUGGUACAUUGUGGGAACUUCUCACUGGAAGCUCCCACUCAAUGAAAAGAACGUCUCAACAAAUGUGGGAAAAUGGUUGCAAAGCCACCAUCACACAUCUUGUGUCUUCUCUUGUAUCCAUUAUUGUUCUCUGUGUUGCUUGCUUGUUCAUCACUGUCACUGUGUUGACAGUCAAAUCCAAACUGUCUCGGAAACUUUGGACAUUUCAUAUCUUGUGGUCAUUAAGCAUAAGUUCUCCUGUUGACUCCUGACUCCUGACAUUUUUCCCUUCAAACUUAGUUAAGAUACAAACAGCAUGUUGACAACAUCAACAUAUAUAUUUAUAGUGGCUUCAUCCUUUUGGACCCUUAGGUGAGGUUCACUCGUUUGUAUUUCCUUUUUAAAAGAAUAAUAUAGAGAAUUCUUUUUUCAAAAUGUUGAGCUUCAGCAGCUUUAUCACAAAGUUAUCAGCGUUUCUGCAUCAGCCAUCAGUGGAACACUACUCUCACCACUCCCUUCAGAUUGUUUUGGGGGACAGGGAGGACUACAGGCACUGCUAUGGUGUGUGUGUGUUUGUGUGUGUAUGUAUGUGUGUGUGUUAGUACUGUGUCUGACAAACUGAGCUGAAAUAAACUGAAAACUGAUGACUGUUACUGUAAAGCACCAAUAAACUACAACACUGACUUACCAA